CAUGUGUGCGGGAGAAAAAAAUGUGCUCUUAAGCAUUCCAUCAUUUAUGUCCCUGCAGCCUCUCUGCUCUCAACCCCUCCUUCUAGAUAGAAAGAGAGAGAGAGUGAGUCCAUACGCAAGGCAGCAAACGGCAAAAGAAGUCUGCCGAAGCAAAGCAGCUCUGCUCCUUUUCUUGAGAGGAGAGCAGCAGAGAACCACAAGGCUUUUCCAUCAGUGCGUGAGUGUGCCUGCGCGAGGCUGCUUUUCACCGGUACACGCGUUGGCUGGUGGAAUCCCAGCUGUGCUAGCAUUAGCUGAGGAUCUGCGCUGUGUCUUCCAAAAUGCUUAACAAUCUCACCGAGUGUGAAGAAGGUGAUGGGGGACCCAACAGUCAGGGAGAUGCAGCAUCCAAGGAAAGCAGUCCCUUUAUCAACAGCAGCACCAGUGAUGUGGAGAAAAGCCAGCAGUAUGAUGGGAAAAAUAUGGCCCUGUUUGAGGAGGAGAUGGACACCAGUCCCAUGGUUUCAUCUCUUCUGAGCAGCCUCGCCAACUACUCCAACUUGACACAGGGCAGUAAAGAACAUGAAGAGGCCGAAAACAACGAGGAAGCGCGCAAGAAAACUGUGCAGGCUCCACGUAUGGGCACAAUAAUGGGCGUUUACCUGCCGUGUCUGCAGAACAUUCUGGGUGUGAUCUUGUUUCUCAGGAUGACCUGGCUGGUGGGCGCCGGGGGUGUGCUGGGCACCUUCUUGAUCGUCUUCAUGUGUUGCUCUACGACUAUGCUGACUGCCAUCUCAAUGAGUGCGAUUGCCACCAAUGGAGUUGUGCCAGCUGGAGGCUCGUACUACAUGAUCUCUCGUUCAUUGGGGCCGGAGUUUGGUGGGGCUGUUGGUAUAUGUUUCUACCUUGGUACCACUUUUGCUGGAGCCAUGUACAUCCUGGGGUGCAUCGAAAUCCUGCUGAUCUACAUUGUGCCAGUAGCUGCUAUAUUCAAAAUGGAAGGUCUGGAGGGGGCAGAAGCCGAGGCAGCAUUGUUGAAUAACAUGCGCGUUUACGGCACCAUCGUGCUAUCCUUCAUGUGUAUUGUUGUCUUUGUCGGUGUGAAGUAUGUCAACAAGUUGGCCCUCGUGUUCCUCGCUUGCGUCGUACUCUCCAUUCUCGCUGUCUAUGCGGGGGUCAUCAAAACAUCCUUUGACCCACCAGACUUUCCGGUGUGUGUGCUCGGGAACAGAACUCUUACCUCAAAGGGCUUUGAUAUUUGUGCCAAGACCAUAGAACGAGGCAAUGCCACAGUCACCACCAAACUCUGGAGGCUCUUCUGUGAUUCAGAGUUUCUGAACGCCACCUGUGAUGAGUAUUUCACCAACAACAACGUCACUCAGAUCCAGGGAAUCCCUGGAGUCACCAGUGGAAUUCUGGCAGAAAACCUUUUCAGCGCGUUUAUGGAGAAAAAUUCAUUCUUAGAGAAACGGGGUAUACCAGCAGUGCUAGACCCUGACGCCCCAAUAACCAACAGCAACCAGUAUGUACUGGCAGAUAUCACCAGCUUCUUCACUCUGCUGGUUGGCAUCUACUUUCCUUCUGUCACAGGUAUCAUGGCUGGUUCCAACCGUUCUGGGGACCUGCAGGAUGCUCAGAAGUCCAUUCCUGUUGGCACCAUCCUGGCCAUCGCAACCACCUCCUUUAUCUACAUGUCCUCUGUGGUUCUGUUUGGAGCCUGUGUGGACGGAGUCGUUUUGAGAGACAAGUUUGGGGAAGGCGUGAAUGGUAACUUGGUUAUUGGGACCCUGGCAUGGCCCUCGCCCUGGGUCAUUGUGUUCGGCUCGUUCUUCUCCACCUGUGGGGCGGGACUUCAGAGUUUGACAGGAGCGCCCCGCCUCCUCCAAGCUAUCGCCCGAGAUGGAAUCAUUCCUUUCCUCAGGGUGUUUGGUCAUGGCAAAGCUAAUGGUGAACCUACGUGGGCUCUCCUACUGACGGGCUGUAUCUGUGAGAUUGGCAUCCUCAUUGCCUCCCUGGAUGCUGUCGCACCCAUUCUGUCUAUGUUCUUUCUUAUGUGCUAUAUGUUUGUAAACCUGGCUUGUGCGCUGCAGACGCUCCUCAGGACCCCUAACUGGAGACCACGCUUCAAGUUUUACCACUGGGCUUUGUCACUCUUGGGCAUGAGCUUGUGUCUCACUCUGAUGUUUCUGUGCUCUUGGUAUUAUGCCAUUGUUGCCAUGGUGAUCGCUGGCUGCAUCUACAAAUACAUCGAGUUCUGCGGGGCAGAGAAGGAGUGGGGUGAUGGGAUACGUGGCAUCUCUCUUAGUGCUGCCCGAUAUGCCCUCAUGCGACUGGAAGAAGCUCCACCUCACACCAAAAACUGGAGGCCACAGAUUUUAGUGCUCACGAGCUUGGAUGGGGAGCAGAACUUGGAGCAGCCUCGGCUUUUGUCUCUGACCAGUCAGCUGAAAGCUGGCAAAGGUUUGACCAUCGUGGGGGCAUGCGUGGAGGGAACCUUCCUGAAAAACCAACCAGAGGCGCAGAAAGCAGACCAAUCUCUAAGGAAGCUGAUGGAGGUCGAGAAAGUGAAGGGAUUCAGUCAGGUGGUGAUUUCAUGCAACCUGCGGGAUGCCACUUCACACUUGAUCCAGGCCGGGGGUCUUGGUGGUCUUCGUCAUAACGCGGUACUGGUCAGCUUCCCUAAGAACUGGAAGCAGGUGGAGGAACACCACCGCUGUAGGAACUUCAUCGAGGUGGUCCGGGAGACCACUGCCGCCAGCUUAGCCCUGCUGGUGCCAAAGAACAUUUCUGCAUAUCCAUCAAACGGCGAGCGCUUCACUGAGGGCCACAUUGAUGUGUGGUGGAUUGUUCAUGAUGGAGGCAUGCUUAUGCUCCUGCCCUUCCUUCUGCGCCAACACAAGGUGUGGAGGAAGUGUAAGAUGCGCAUCUUCACCGUGGCCCAGAUGGAUGACAACAGCAUUCAGAUGAAGAAAGAUCUAAUGACGUUUCUCUACCACCUGCGUCUUGAUGCUGAGGUGGAGGUGGUGGAAAUGCAUGACAGUGAUAUCUCGGCCUACACUUACGAAAAGACAUUGGUGAUGGAACAGCGAUCACAUCUCCUCAAGGAAAUGCAUCUCACCAAGAACGAGCGUGAGAGAGAGAUUCAAAGCAUCACUGAUGUUUCUCGUGGGUCUAUUCGGCGGAAGAACCCUUCGAACCUGCACGCGCAGAGGAGCAUCACUGAGGAAUCAGUGGCGGGAGGUGGCGAAGAGAAACCUGAGGAAGAGGUGCAACUCAUUCAGGGAAAAAAUGCCACACCCACCCCCACUAGCCCCACCUCCCCAACCUCUCCCACCCCAGCGGCCAUGAGCCCCGGACAGGAGGUUCAGAUGACCUGGACGGACGAGACAGAGAAGAUCAAUAACCCAGCAGCGGUCUAUCCUGAAGGUGUAAAGGACAUGUUCAAUAUGAAACCUGAAUGGGAGAACCUGAAUCAGUCCAAUGUCAGACGCAUGCAUCAUGCACAGAAGCUCAACGAGGUCAUCGUGAAGAAGUCGCAGGAAGCUAAACUUGUCCUGCUAAACAUGCCUGGUCCACCUAGGAACCGCACUGGAGAAGAAACCUACAUGGAAUUUCUUGAGGUCUUGACUGAAGGUCUCAACAGGGUCCUCCUCGUGCGUGGAGGAGGCCGUGAGGUCAUUACCAUCUACUCCUGAGGGGCUUAGCUCAUCCACCAAAUACUCAUAACCCUUCGUCCCUCACUGCAUAGACGGACACCCCAGUCACCCUUACCUACACCAUGAGCAAUAACGCCCCAGCACAUAUCAGAUGACUUUGCACUACAUAGCCUAAGACCUCUAAAAAGACACCAGCUUAGUAGAUGUCACUUCAACAUUCUUAGUUACAUCUCACCUUCUAUGUUCCUAUUGGUUAUUUCUCACCUCAACGUGCAUAUUGCACAGAUCCGUACACGACCGAGUUGGUCUUUGUUACUAUAAUUCUCAAAUGACAGAUUAGACCAUGUCCUCCAGCGACACCCAACACUGUCCUCCAUAUUUAUCUUCAAUAACAACUUCUGAGAGAAACUGGGUUUUAGGACGUAAUUUACUCACCCUGAUGCCAUCCUAGGGGUGUAUAUGACUUUCUUUCUUCAGCCAAACACAAUCUGAGGAAUAUUGAAAUAAUAUUCUGUCUCUUCAUAGCGUUGUAAUGGCAUUGGGUAGAUCGCCAUUUUUGAAACUCAAAAAAGCGUAUUCAUCCAUCAUAUAAGUAAUCCGCACAACUCCAGGGUGUAAAGAAAUGUCUUACAAAGCGAAACAAUACAUAAAACAAUUGAUAUUUUUAGUUAAUUUAGUCACGUUUGGGUGUACAUGUAAUACGUCACAGGUCACACACAAAAUGGUCCGCACACAGCCUUCGUGAAUCUCAAAUUUGAAUCUCAUUGGCUGUCGCACGUCUCGUGGCCCUGAGAACCAAACCGACUCAAAGUUCAAAUCUGUGGAGCCUGUGUGUGUCCAUUUUGUGUGAUAUUAUUUCAAUUUACUCUGAUUGUGUUUGGCUGUGAAAUAUUUUUUACUGUUAUUCUUUUUACAGAUUUUUCACGUAUAAUGUCCAAAACACUGUAAUUUUACAUGAAAUUUGUGAAAUAUGGUCAAAAACCGUCAAAUUACAGAAAAAGCUAAUUUACAAGAAAACCAUGUAAUUUUAAUGGAAAACUGUUAUUUUAAUUCGUUUUUUUACGGGAUUUUUUUCAGUGUAGAAAGGAAGCCAUAUAGUGGCAUGAGGGUGAGUAAUUUACGGAUUAAAAUUCAUUUUUGGGUGAAGUGUUCUUUUAAGGGGCAAUCACACUAGAUGUUGAGCAUGCAAAACAGCUUAGUUUAGAUUCUGUAUCGGUCAAACUCUGUGAAAUUUUCAUCAAAUUUUCAUUGUAUCUUAUUAUUUGUGACCCUGGAUCACAAAACCAGUCUUAAGUAGCACAGAAACAUUUUUAUUAAAAGCCAAAAAUACAUUGUAUGGGUCAAAAUUAUCUAUUUUUCUUUUAUGCCAAAAAUCAUUAGGAUUUUAAGUAAAGAUCAUGUUCCAUGAAGAUAUUUAGCAAAUUUCCUACCAUAAAUAUAUCAUAAUUUUAUUUUUGUGAGUUGAUGGCCUGCUACAGUGCCUCCGAUUAACAACUUCGAAGUCGAUUUUCUCAAUAUAUUGAUUUUUUUGCACCCUCAGAUUCCAGAGUUUUAAACUGUCCUAUCUCCACCUGAUAUUGUCCUAUCCUAACAACCCAUACACCAAUAGAAAGCUUAAUUAUUCAGCUUUCAGGUGAUGUAAAAAUCUCAAUUUUGAAAAAUUGACCCAUAAGACUGGUUUUGUUGUCCAGGGUCACAUUUAUGCUGAAAACAAAAAUAUGCAUACAUGAUAAUUCUCUUCAUAGGCAUAUUAUAUAUGAAAGUUAAUCAAAUUCAAAAUGUAUUGUGACCGCCCCAUUAAGCUUUAUACAGUAGUAGACCACUUUUACCUAUACUGUCACUACAUUGUUCAUCAUUGGGUAAAUAGAACGGCUUAGAUAUUUCUUUGUUGAAAACAGUCUUCCAGUGCACCACGUCAUUGUCCGAGGUUGUUUGCUUUACACCAAGGACAGAAUUGACCAGGGUUUUAUUGCGAGCUAGGUGUGAGCACUCAGAGGUCAUCCUUCUGGAUCAAUCACUAUCAGCUUUACCCUUGAACAUUUGCAUGUCCUUUGACUAUAUCAGCCUUUUAGGAGUCAUAUACAAUAUGAGAGCGGCGUGUGAGUGUUUGUACUGAUGUAGAUUUGGUAGGGUAUAACAGAAUUGUUUAUAGGAUUGGUGACUUUGUCCUUUGACAGAUCUGUUCAUUUAGUCUGUGACACUAACAUACAGCAUCAGGUGACGUGAAUGAUAUUGCUCAGUCCACAUAUGUGUACAUACUGUGAGAAAUGAGCGUUACUAAAAUCCGAACCUGCUGUAUAUUAAAACCCUAUAUACAGUUUAAAUAUCCAGUAAAGGUGUAAUCCAAAAUAAUCUUAUUUAAAUAUUAGAAUCACAUAUAUCGUAAGGGAAUGUAAAUAAAAAAAGGAUCCGUAUUUAUAUUUGAGAUAUUUAUUUACGAAGAAAAUUAUUUAUUCAUUUUGAUUGAUUAUAAACACGGUCCAAACAUGGUCUCGACGUCUCUUGCCAAAUCGUAAAACAUGAAUCGUGCCAUAUGAGGAUUGGGAGAAAAAAAACGCAUUGUUCUAUUUACAUUUUCAUAUAUAAAGGACAGAGCUAAGUAUGAUGUUAUAACAUCAAAUUAUAUCACGAGUCUUAGUAAACAGAUCUAGUUUUAAUAACAUAAUUUUUCACCAAAUCAAAUUUGUGAACAAAAUCAUAUUUUAACUACAUAAUAUUUUAAAAUAUAUCAUAUCAUGUCAAACGUUUGUCACGAAUGUCUACAAAUUUCUUUUGUUUUCUACAUUUGUAUAGAAGACACCGAUUUGCUACAUGUACGCAUCAUCUGGGACUGAUGCAGACUGUUUUAAUCACAAGCACGGGAUAUUUAGUUCAAGUGUGGUAGAAGUAGAUCAAGAUAUUUAAAACAUUUAUCUAAAAAAAAGUAUUUUAUUUUUUGUAAAAUUGCAACGAUAAAAAAAGAAGUAUAUUCGAUUAUUGAAUAGAUUAGUAUAAUAUUGUCUUGUGUAAAUGUGAGACGUUAAAAAAAAGGAAACUAACUAUAUGUUUUAAACUUUCAAAUCAACUUGUGCUGAGGUUGCUGCUGCCUUCAUUACAGUGUAAAUAUAUUGCAUACCUGCCCCCAAAAUAUAAGACUUAAAGGAAAAGAAAAAUACAACAAAUUGAUUUUUUCAGUUAUGAAGCUUGCAUUCAAAUUCCCAAAUUAGUUGCGACAAAAUAUUUGAAAGGGUUUGGGUACUAGAACUUAGGGACAGGAAGUAUUUGAUCAAAGUUAGUCUGUCCUAAUAUUGUUCGAGCAUUCUUCAUUUAACCUCACAUGUUGUCGAGUCAAAGUGCACACUUUAUUUAGUAGAAUAGUAGUGUAUAAAGGUUGUGGUCUAUAGGGGAUCUUUAACUUAUUCGUUGUUUCCAAAAGAAUUCGAUAUUUCCUUCUGUUUGCCAACUAAUAUUUUUCUCCAAAACCAGGAAUUGCGAAUACAGUACGUGAUAAGUGCUACCUGUUCUAAUUCUUCCAGUUUUAUUGCUUAUGUUUCUAGCUAAAAUCUUAUCUGAAGGAUAUAUUUGAAUUGACAAAAGACAAGUUCGGCUUCUUUGGAGUCCUAUGCAAUUACAGUUGAAUACGUUCUUUGAGGGUCUAAAAUGACUUUCUAUUGAAUUCUUUAUAGCGGUGUGAGUAUUAUAGAUUGAAAUCAGAGCUUCCAUUACCUGCCAGGGUGGCUUACGGUUUGGUUACUUUCCACACAAAGUAAUGCAAAGGAACACAUGCUGGGACAACGCAGAGAUUUGGCCAUAUUGGCUGCACGCUGUGCUGUUGGACACGGAGGUUUGUCCCGUUCUUCAUGAAACUUUCGAACACCUGCAAUUGAUUCCACAUUGACGCUAAGGGCUUUCGAUAUCAUUUUAUCAGAUACGUCUUAUCCUUUCCCGAGGCUGUAGACAAAAGUGUCGCAAACCAUGAAUAGCAUGUGGUUCCUUAUCUUCCUAAAGGGAUGGUACACAGUAAAGUCACCCCAAAUUGGCCAAAGCAUAACUAGAAAUAAGCACUGUGAAAAUUCAAGGUGAAGUUUCUUUCCGGCACAUUCAGUCACAUCUGUAACUUUUGCCGAUGUAUAUCUUGAUUUAUCGUUCUUGUUGUGUCAUGAUGUGGAGCAUUGUAGUAGGGAAAACCGAAGUGAAAUAGUUUGAAUCACGAUGCUUUUUAUGCAAUGACUUGUUUAACUGUCCUGCAACAGUGGUAUACUGCAGUCUACUAGUCGACUAACAGGGCUUAUAAAUGAACCAGCUAACUGAAAUUGAUUCUUAAGUAUUUGCAGGGGUUUCAGAAGGUGCUAAUGGUUAUUUGAGAGUGUUCGCUGAGGUGUAUAUGAAAAUGUGAGACUUUACAACUUUUGCAAUGUUGGCUGGCUUGAUGAGGUGUAUCCAAGAGGAACAUUUGUUUGAAAACCUAAAGUGAUCGUGGUUGCUUUAUCCUUUCGCUUUAGCGAUUACAUUAGAUCAGUCGGAGAAGGUUAAUGAUCAUCCUUUUAAGCAUUUUCUACGCACCUGCUUCCUAAUUCAGCAUGUCGGUGUUGAAACCAAAGGCCUGUCCAGGCCUCAACUCAAUGCCAUAAAUAUCGAUUCUGAUUUCUAAAAUGCAUCUUUAGAUAGGCCUAUUUCAAAAUUCUGCAGUUCUCCCAGCAGCGUGUGCAAAUUUCUACACAGUCAGCAUUUCGACUUUAUCCUGAGGAGAGCACUGACACAUUUUGUAUGGUAGUCGACGUAGAUCCAAAGACGGUGAUCUUGGUUAGAAAUUGUGUUUUAUGUUCUUCGCUUCAGUUCUCAUUCCUUGGAACAAGGAUUCAGAGUGUGUUUGUGAGUGCGAUUGAAAGAGGGAAAGAGGCGGCGUGAUUCUGUAUGUGUAUGUGACUGUGUGUGACUCUAGGAAAAAGAGAGAGGUUAAACCUUGGUAGUUACUUUUGUAAAUAUACGACACAUUAUAGUUAUCUUAGCCUAGCUGUUUAAUUUGUAUGUCCAUGCAAGUUUAAUAUUUUAACAAAUAAAUAGAAACCGUGUCUGAAAAUUGUGUUCUAUGAAAUAUAUUUAACUAUAGAUAUCUUACAUUAUUGUUUUACCUUGUCAAAUGCUUCUAUGUUCUAUGAAUAAUGGUUUCUCUGGACCAUUUUAUAGACUUGUCUGCACAAAAUGCAAUAAAGUUCAAGUCCUUUA